AUGUCAAGGGCAAAAAAUACUGAUGUUGAAGGGUUAUGCGUAUCAUCUGCUAGAAGCCACAAAUCUUCAAAGCCUGUUCUUGCAGUCAAGGAAAUUUUGGAAGAAGAAACAUGUACUGUGCUGAAGCAUGUUAUGAAAGUGAAGAGAAUUGAGAUUGAAAGUUCGCCAAGAAACGGGAGAGCAGUGCAUUCGAAGCAGUUAUAUUAUUGGGCCACAAACCUCCCAAGACUUCUGGUGCUGCUUGCAGCUUCUUUAUUAUUUGUAACAUUUUCAAGAUUGGUGAUGCAAAUGGCUCCCCGAUCAAAAGAAAGAGGUGGAUCUGCUUAUAGUCGCGCCCGCGGCUCCAGGGGAGCGUCUAGAGGCCAGGAUGCCUGCAGAUCAAGGUGAGGACCACCAUGAGGUGAUACUGGAAGAGGCUUCCAUUGCCAGUUGCAGCUACACUCACUGUGAUCUUUCUGGCUAGGAAGAGGCAGAGGUAAUGCUAGAGAUGUUGCUGGACCUUCAAACUAAUUCAUGUUUUAUUUUAUGAUCCCCUUCUCUACACGUUGUGAGCUACAUACGUUAUUAAUGGGUAUGAGAUGUGUUUAGUCACGUGUCUAUUUUUAGCGAUUUAGUAGUUUUGCUAUAAUAGAAUUAUUGUUAAGCAUGUUGAAGAGAAAGGAAUAAUUAGAAGACAAUGAAAGCACAAUAUUCAUUAACCAUGAGCAACAAGCUCAA